CCAUAUAUUUUGAUAGACUUAUAAACUACCGUGGGGUUUAUUACAUUAGAGAUUCUAUUUACACCAACAGCCCACAUGAACUGAAAUUUUGUGCAUCUUCUUCUAUGACAAAGAAAAGUGAAGUGUCAGGAGAGGAGAACAACCCACCUAUGCUAUUCCCCUUGUUUUCCAUUCAAAGUCAUUUUGUCACAAUCUGCAAUUCUUCCUUCUGGUUGAAUUUUGUUUUCAUUUUUUUCCUUUCCUGUCUAUAUCAGUGAAAAACCAGACGUACCUGCCUUUACUCUUACCAUUCAUAAUUUUCGAGUGAACAUCUGGGACCAAAACUCUAUACUUUUGUUGGGUCAAAGUCUCCAUCAAACAAAGGCGUUCUUUGUUCACCCUUCACAUUUUUCCAUUGGCCUCCUUCCGUGAAGCCUGCCUUUACUCUUACCAUUCAUAAUUUUCGAGUGAACAUCUGGGACCAAAACUCUAUACUUUUGUUGGGUCAAAGUCUCCAUCAAACAAAGGCGUUCUUUGUUCACCCUUCACAUUUUUCCGUUGGCCUCCUUCCGUGAAGCUUCAAUUGAAGUUUUGCCUUCUUGCCUUUCCCGCACGUCACAUUUGGCUUUGGCCUGGCUUGUUUUAUUACCUUACCUCAUCUUCUGCAGACGUUUCUGGUGCAGUGUGGUCCAUUAUUCCAGUUUUCAGUCGAAAAUAUGGACAAGAGAAGUGAGUUUUAUAGCAAUAAAAUUUCUUGCAGUUCAAAUUUUUGGCAAGGAAGGAGGAUUUUGGCUUGUAUAUAUAUGUUAUGGCAACCAUUCAAUACAGUUUUCUCUGAUCCGGACUUCCACACAUUAUGUAUACAUAAUGUCAACUGAUUGGGCUCCUGGUCUUCAACUCAGAUCCUUGACUUAUUAUAAAAUAAGAAAAUAAAGCAAACAAAAAAUUGGAAAUGAAAUGCAUAUAUAACUUGCUUCUUGUAAAUCGGAAAAAUGGAAUAUAAUAAGUUCACACCUUUUUCCUCCACAAAUUGGUGGUAGAGUCUUGGUCUCCUCCAUUGACAGCACCUUUUUCUCGGUCCAGCAAAUGACUUUGAAGUCUCCAGUUUUUCGACAUCCUUCAAGGAAAUGAGCAUCCUCUAAUUAACUUGUCCUCAAAACCAGAGUGUUCAAACAGCGGGAACAGACCAACUUGUGAACCUCCCUCCAUCACAAAAUGACUAAACUCACCCAAACAUCUUCUCUCCACACCCAUCUCUGCUUCCUUCUCUUCCUCCUCCUCCUCCUCAUCAGCCAUGCCAACUCUCAGUCAUUGCAAGACCAAGAACAAGCUGUCCUGCUAAAACUAAAGUCAUACUUGCAAUCUCCACCGUUCCUCAGUCAUUGGAUUCCAUCAACAUCAAACACUUCCCACUGUUCCUGGGGGCCUGAGAUCAACUGCACAAACAACUCCGUCACCGGAUUGUCUCUGGUCGACACGAACAUCACCCUAUCAGUUCCACCCUUCAUUUGUGAUCUCAAGAACCUCACACUCAUUGAUCUCAGCUACAACUACUUUCCUGGAGAGUUCCCAAAAGCUCUCUACAACUGUUCAAAGCUAGAGUACUUGGACCUCUCUCAAAACUACUUUGUUGGCAAGAUUCCUGACGAUAUCGACAGCCUGCCUCGGCUUCGAUACCUUAGCCUUGCCGGUAACAACUUUUCUGGUGAUAUACCAGCGGCCAUUGGGCGGUUACAUGAGCUCAGGAACCUGCAGCUGUUUAUGAACGAGUUUAAUGGUUCCGUCCCACCAGAAAUAGGUAACUUGUCCAAUCUUAAAGACCUAAAUCUCUCUAGCAAUAUAAAACUUGUGCCAUGGAAAAUGCCUUCAAAUUUCACCCAGUUGAAAAAUUUGAAGACUUUAUGGAUACGAGAAUCAAAUUUGAUCGGACAGCUCCCUGGAACACUCGGGGAAAUGGCAGCACUGGAAGAAUUGGAUUUGGCAAAGAACCGUUUGAAUGGGACAAUCCCAAGUGGUUUGUUUCUGUUGAAGAAUUUGAGUAUAAUCUAUCUCUUCAAGAACCGCCUGUCUGGGGAUAUACCUCAAGUGGUUGAAGCAUUGAACUUGAAAGUUAUUGAUCUUUCUGACAACCGUUUAACAGGGCCAAUACCAGAAGAUUAUGGAAAGCUGACCAAGUUAACAGGGUUAGCUUUGUUUUAUAAUGGUUUUUUUAGUGAGAUUCCAGCAAGCAUUGGCCGUCUACCAAAUCUCAUAGAUUUCAAAGUGUACGACAAUAACUUGACAGGAACAUUGCCUCCGGACUUUGGGAGGUAUUCAGAGCUUGGAGGGUUCGAGGUUUCGGGAAAUAGGCUCACUGGUAAACUGCCAGACCAUUUGUGUUAUUUGGGUAAGCUGGUAGGACUUGUAGCUCAUGAGAAUAAUCUCACUGGGGAGUUACCAAGCUCUCUUGGAAAUUGCACUAGUUUGGUGAUAGUCAAGGUUUAUGAUAAUGGGUUGUCUGGGAACAUUCCUAGUGGCAUGUGGACAGCAACAAACUUGAGUCAGGUACUAAUGAACAAGAAUUCUUUUACCGGUGAGCUUCCUGAGAAAAUGUCUUGGAAUCUUUCGCGGCUGGAAAUCAGAGAUAAUAGGUUUUCAGGUAAGAUUCCAACCGGGGUGUCUUCCUGGACGAAUUUGAAGGUUUUUGACGCCGGUAAUAACCUUUUUAACGGUACUAUCCCUCAGGAACUUACUGCUCUUCCUAGCUUAACCACUCUUUCUCUUGAUCAGAAUCAGCUUACUGGCUUCCUUCCAUCGGAGAUUAUAUCAUGGAAAUCACUCAACACUCUUAAUUUCAGUCGAAAUCAACUCUCUGGACCAAUUCCAGAGAAACUUGGUCUUCUACCAGUCCUUACUGAACUGGAUCUUUCAGAAAACCAACUUUCUGGCCAAAUUCCAGAUCUGCUUGGGCGUCUGAAGCUCAACCAUUUCAAUCUCUCUUCCAAUGACCUAUCUGGGAAGAUCCCAUUUGAAUUUGAAAAUCCUGCUUAUGACAGAAGCUUCUUGGACAAUCAAGGUCUAUGUGCAACUAGCUCAUCAGAAAAACUCAGCAUAUGCAAUUCUGAACCCCGGAAGUCCAGCAAAAUUUCGUCUAAAUAUCUUGCAUUGAUCAUAACUUUCGGCAUACUUUUGUCCUUGUUGGCUUUGUCCUUAUCAUUCUUCAUGGGCAGAGGUUAUUGGAAGAGAAACGGAUCAGAUUCUUAUUGGCAGCUCACCUCAUUUCAGAGGUUGAAUUUCAGUGUGUCAAAAAUUCUCUCAGGAUUGACAGAAAGUAAUAUGAUUGGAAGUGGCGGAUCAGGGAAAGUUUAUUGUGUUCCUGUCAAUUGUAAAGGCGAUGUUGUUGCCGUGAAAAGGAUUUGGAAAGAUAAGAAGUUAGAAGAGAAGCUUGAUAAAGAAUUUCAUGCAGAAGUCAAGAUAUUGAGUUCCAUUCGACAUGCCAACAUAGUGAAGCUGAUGUGCUGUAUAUUCAAGGACAAUUCAAAACUACUUGUCUAUGAGUACUCGGAGAAUCGAAGUCUGGAUCGAUGGCUGCACAAGAGAAACAGGCCAUCCAAUCCCUCAAGGUCAGUCCACCAUGUUGCGCUGGACUGGCCUAAGAGGUUGCAUAUUGCAGUGGGGGCUGCUCAGGGCCUCUGUUAUAUGCAUCAUGACUGUGUGCCACCCGUUGUGCAUCGAGACGUGAAAUCGAGUAACAUCUUGUUAGACUCUGAUUUUAAUGCAAAAAUAGCAGAUUUUGGGCUAGCCAAGAUGUUGGUCAAGCAAGGAGAACUUGCUACAAUGUCGGCUUUUGCUGGCUCCUUUGGCUACAUUGCUCCAGAAUGUGCUCAUACAACACGAGUUAAUGAGAAGAUCGAUGUAUAUAGUUUUGGGGUCGUCCUUCUGGAGUUAACCACCGGUAGGGAAGCUAAUGAUGGUGACGAACACACUUCUCUUGCUGAAUGGGCAUGGCGCCUAGCUCAAGAAGACAACCCUCUUGCCGAUGCUUUGGACCAGGACAUCAAAGAACCUUGUUACUUGGAUGAAAUGUGCUCCGUUUUCAAACUUGGUAUCUACUGCACCGAGAAACUACCAUCUGCUAGGCCUUCCAUGAAGGACGUUCUGCAAAUCUUGCUCCAGUGCAACCAACCAGUAGUUCCAAUCAAGAAGAUCGAGUAUGUUGCUGCUCCUCUACUAAAGAAUUCGAAGCGCGAGCAGAUACUGGAAGACUGUGAUGGUGGUUUGGUGACAAAUGUGUGAUAGACUGGGUUGAAUUCAACGAGGUAACCAAUAAAGGGGAAAUAAGACUUUCGUUUCAGAUUGGUCUGAAGCUGAUCAAAUGUACCCCAUAGGAUCUAGGAGGUGGCACACAUGACCACGAAGAGUAUAUUUAUGCGGCCAAAGAGAAGAUGCAUCUAUUAGGCCAAACUACCCUGUAUAUUAGUACCAUAUGUAUAAUAUUACGAAGA